AUGGAGGAUGGGACGCGAAAUAAGAGGGAGCGGAAGCUUGGGCGAGGGAGAGCGAGAGGGCGAGUGAGAGGAGGACUCACGUGGCGAACAGGUGACGGGGUGGCUGCCCCUACGGCCGGGCAGGCGAGCCACCCCGCCGCCCUUCCCCGUUUCCCGAUCGGGACUAGCCCCGUUGGCGGUGUUCGUGCACGAAGAGCCGCCCCGGCAAAAGGCAUGUUCCGUAUACGGAGUACACUGAAGUGCAGGCUUUUAGCUGCCGGAAGACGACAUCUAUUCGACUUUAGCCUCGAACCCGCACUCACUCACUUAGUCUAUCCAGACGACAUCCAGUUUCGCAUUGCCGGGAGACGGGAGCUGCGCGCAGACAAAUAUUAG